GGGCGGGCGUAACUGCGAACUUUUGUUUGGUGUGUUGUGUGAGUUAGUUUCCGCCGCCGGGACAGAGGCGCCGGCCGGGCUGGGCCGGGCUCGGGGAAACGCCGCACGGCCAGAGUUGUUUUGCCAGUUGCCGCGGGCGGGUCGGCUUCCCGACCGAGGGGUGAGAAGCACCGGCGACAGCAGGACGAGCCCGCGGCCCGGGGAGCGGGGCAUGCGGGACUGGGAAUCCGGGCUCUGAGCCGCCGAGCCCCGCCAGGGAAGCGCCGGGGGGUCCCGACGGAGCCAUGGAUCCCGGGCAGCCUCAAACGCAGCAGCCGCCGCAGGCAGCGCAGCCCCCGGCCUCGCAGCAGCAGCAGCCGCCGCCGCAGCCCCCUGGCCCGGUGUCGGGGGCCCCGGCCGGCGCGGCGCAGCCCCCGGGUGCGGGGCCCCCUCCGGCGGGGCACCAGAUCGUCCAUGUGCGGGGCGACUCGGAGACCGACUUGGAGGCGCUGUUCAACGCGGUGAUGAACCCCAAGGGCGCCAACGUGCCACACACGCUGCCCAUGCGACUGCGGAAACUGCCCGACUCCUUCUUCAAGCCGCCCGAGCCCAAGGCCCACUCCCGCCAGGCCAGCACUGAUGCCGGGACAGCAGGAGCCCUGACCCCACAGCAUGUCCGAGCUCAUUCCUCUCCAGCAUCACUGCAGCUGGGAGCUGUUUCUCCAGGGACACUUACACCCUCUGGAGUAGUGACUGGACCUGGAGCUCCAUCUUCUCAACACCUCCGCCAGUCUUCUUUUGAGAUCCCUGAUGAUGUACCUUUGCCACCAGGCUGGGAGAUGGCUAAGACACCAUCUGGACAGAGAUACUUUCUUAAUCACAUUGAUCAAACAACAACAUGGCAAGAUCCUAGGAAGGCCAUGCUUUCCCAGAUGAAUGUUACAGCUCCCACCAGUCCUUCUGUGCAGCAGAACAUCAUGAACUCAGCAUCAGGCCCACUCCCCGAUGGAUGGGAACAAGCUAUGACCCAGGAUGGAGAAAUUUACUACAUAAACCAUAAGAACAAGACCACAUCUUGGCUAGACCCAAGGCUUGACCCACGCUUUGCCAUGAAUCAGCGAAUCAGCCAAAGUGCUCCAGUCAAACAGCCACCUCCUCUGGCUCCUCAGAGUCCCCAGGGUGGUGUGAUGGGAGGGAGUAGCUCCAAUCAGCAGCAACAGAUGAGACUCCAGCAACUACAGAUGGAGAAAGAAAGGCUGAGACUGAAGCAUCAAGAACUGCUUCGGCAGGUGAGGCCACAGGAAUUGGCUCUCCGUAGCCAGCUUCCAACAAUGGAACAAGACGGUGGAUCUCAAAACCCCGUGUCAUCUCCUGGAAUGUCUCAGGAACUGAGAACAAUGACUACAAAUAGUUCUGAUCCCUUUCUUAACAGUGGAACAUAUCACUCCAGAGAUGAAAGCACAGAUAGUGGACUUAGCAUGAGCAGUUACAGUGUACCCAGAACCCCAGAUGACUUCCUGAACAGUGUUGAUGAGAUGGAUACAGGUGACAGUAUCAGCCAAAGUAACAUACCAUCCCAUCAGAACCGUUUCCCAGACUACCUUGAAGCCAUUCCAGGGACAAAUGUGGACCUUGGGACACUGGAAGGAGAUGGAAUGAAUAUAGAAGGAGAAGAACUGAUGCCAAGUCUGCAAGAGGCUUUGAGCUCUGACAUCCUUAAUGACAUGGAAUCUGUCUUGGCAGCCACCAAGCUAGAUAAAGAGAGUUUUCUUACUUGGUUAUAGGGGCCUCAGGGAGACUGAAUUCUAAAUCUGUGAAGGAUCUAAGGAGAUUAGGACAUCUGUAUCUGAAGUUCAGAACAAGCCAGUGUGGUGCACUUUGGCUUGUGUUCAGAAAAAGUAAAUGAACAAAUACUCAACAAGUUUGUUUGGGUUUGCUCUUCCUUGUCCAUCGCUGCUGUUAUAUAUUGCUGACUUUUUUUCACAGUUGACUCUGAAGAACAGACAUCUUCUUGAUCUUUUUCUAUUGCUGUUGCAACUACUGUUGGAGGGGGGUGGGGAGGGAUGAUGAGCCUAUUUUGGAUGACGAAUGCCAUUCCUUUUGUCCUAGUGUGCGCUUGCGUAUCAUUUUAUCUAAGUACUCAGAUUUGAGAGUUAAUUUCUGCAUGUCACUGCUUGUAGUUUGCUCAGCUAGUUGUCUCCUGCUGCCUGUGGCAAGUGGUAAAACAUGACAUACUGGGGUGACAAGCCAAAAAUGAUGUAUCUGGUCAAAAGAAGUCAAUACUGAUUUGGAGAUACGACGUAAAGGAGGGCUGAAGACUGUUUGGCAUUAAGUGUUCCUACUAGUAGCUCUUGCAUUAGCCACAAAGUGCUCUUGUUUGUAUUUUAUGUUAUAGUAAAUCAUGAGUCAUUUUACAUAGAAACAUAUAUGAACUUUGAUUGUUGCCACAUACUCUAGCCUAAUUUCCAUUUUUCAAAAUUACUUUGAUUAUUUUUGUUAGUUGGUUUAACUGUAGCUGUAGGAUGGGAAGUAAUUAUAGGUGUUCUGGGUUUUUUUUUUAAAUAGUGAAAUCUAAGGGUUUUUUUCUGAUUUCACACAGUCUUAUUUAAAUCUAAAUUGUCUGCUUUUUUUAUACUUAAACCAUGCCUAUUGUAGCCUGAUAAGCUAGUGAGUACAUAAACCAGUAUGUUUUGCCUGUAACUUUUUUAUUUUUUAAAGGCUAGCUUUGAAUGUAAUCAUUAGAUUUCAUGACCAGUGGCUUAUUUUUCAUGUGUAUUUGCGAGACUUUGAAUUAGAAUCUGAUUACAGCAAUGUAAAAGAGUCCUUUGUCAUGUAUACAAAUUUUAAAUGCAUCUUAAAGUAGCAGAACCAUUUUAAAAUUACAUCUAAUCUCUCUUCUGGUUUUCAGUUUUGAUCUCUAAGUGAGAACAGAUUUUAAAAUCCUUAAUGGGAAAAAAAAAUUUAUUAAAAGUUUCUCUUAAGUCAACACACAUAAAAAUUCUUAACUAUUAGUAUCACUGUAUGUUGCAAUGAAAAGGCUAGAACACCAAAAAACUUCUCAAUAAAAACUUCUAAGUGUAAUAGUUACCAAGUUCUGUUUGGUGAAAAAUAAGCCCUGGACACUAUAUGUAGAAGAAUGUAAAGAUAUGUGUUAGAUGGUGACAUGAGCAGGUAAUGAAGUGUAUAUUAGUAGUAGAGCUUAGCAUGGGGUAGAGGUGAUAUGAAUCAUUUUUAUUUUAACAGGAGAAGAUGUAUCACUAAGUUGUCUGCAGGAGUUGACACAAGUUUCCAAAGAGUAUUUUUAAAUGAACAAAAUGAGCGUGAAUCAAACUUUCAAUAUAAGCUAUGAAUUUUUGUGGGGCUUUUGGGGUUUUUUCCUAAUGAAAAAUAGUGUCACCAGUUAACACCUCUAUAAUUAAGGGCCUGUCACCAUUUUCAACAGUGAGCCUUUAUUUUCAAGGGUGUAUAACAUGACUGUAAAGAUACUGUAAGCAUGAAACUUAGUUUUGAAAAAAACCUCUCAGUUAGCAGGGACUUCGCCUGAGGAGAGAUUUUUUGGGGUUUACUGUUUUGCAUUUUUUUCAAGACAUUGAUUAUUUUUUAAGCUAGGAACAAAUCAGCAAAACAACAAAAACCCCCCCAUCAUAUUACUGUUACCAUUUGGAUUUCUUUUAUGCUUCAGAAAUAAUUCUGGUUUAGGAUGAUGUAAAGAAUGAAAACUCUUUUAACCAAAUCCUGUUUUAAAAACUGAAGCAGCAGAGGCAGAGAUUUGAAAUUUGCCACUAUAAAUGUACAUUUACUACUUUACAUAAAUGUUUUAGUGUUUGAAAAACACAAAAUUUUAUGGUUUGUUAUGGGAUACAGGCAAAUUUUAAAAUAAUAAUUUUUAAAACACAUUCACAAUGAUAUAUAUUCUGCUACACCAAUAAUUCAGUGAUUAAUAGGCCACUUAUAUUGUGCAAUGACACAGUAGCUCCUAAAGCAGUGUUAUUGUGUCCAAGAUAGGGAUUUUAGUAGCAUUUUUGUAAUUUCAUUAUUAAUUCCUCUUUCUCCCUCCCUUCAGGAAAAGAAAAAGACACUAAGUUUUCCUAACUUGAACAAUCUCACAUAAAACCACAACAGCAAGGAAAUUCAGAGUAGAUUCUGUUUCAGUUGUCUUCCACAGUUGUAUCCAGAUAUCAUAGCACAAAGAGAAUCACAGAAUAAACUGAGUUGGAAGGGACCCAUCAGGAUCAUCAAUUCCAACUCCUGGCUCUGCACAGGAAACCCCAAGCUUCACACCAUGUCCCUGAGAGCAUUGUCCAGACACUUGAGCUCUGUCAGGCUGAUGCUGUGAGCACUUCCCAGGGGAGCCUCUUCCAGUGCCCAAACACCCUCUGGGUGAAGAAACUUUUCCAGAUAUCCAGCCUAAACCUCCCAUGACUCAUCGUCAGGCCAUUCCCUUAGGUCCUGUCACUUGUCUUAAUAGUGAAGAGAUCUUACCUGUCCCUCCUCUUCCUCUCAUGAGGAAGCUGUAGACUGCAAUGAGGUCUCCCCUUGUCUCCUCCAAGGUGAACAGACCAAGUGACCUCAGCCAUGAGGAGUGGCUUACCCUCAAGGCCCUUCCCCACCUUCAUUGCCCUCCUUUGGACACUCUCCAGUGGUUGAAUAUCCUUCUCAUAUGGUGGCACCCAGAGCUGCCCCAGCACUGGAGGUGAGGCUGCCCCAGAGCAGAGCAGAGCAGGACAAUCCCCUCCCUUGCCCAGCUGGCCAUGCUGUGCCUGAUGCCCCCAGGACAGGGCUGGCCCUUCUGGCUGCCAGGGCACUGCUGGCUCGCGUUCAGCUUGCCACAGACCAGGACUCCCAGAUCCCUCUCUGCAGCACUGCUCUGCAGCAUCUCAUUCCCCAGUCCAUGCACACAACCAGAUAUGAUGCACUGAGUGCAAGCUCCUGACAAUGCUGUACCUCGCUACAACAGAAAUGAGUACAGAACAAAUUCUCUUUCCUUGCUUUUGUGUGUUUGUCACAGCUUUAAUAUUUGAAUGUUUUAUUCUCAUUGUAGAAACACUAAAUGGCUUAUACUGUAUUUGGGUAGCAUAUCUUAGGGUAGAUACUGACAAACUGGGAAUCCUUGAACAGCUCUAACAUUAAUUAUGUUUUGUGAUACUUAUUUUAAUUAAAACAUUUCCGUUCUCUCUCUUACUAGGAAACAUACCAUAGAGAUGCUGUACUGUUGGCAAUCAAUAUUAAUUCGGAUUUUUUUUUUAAUUCUGCAAAUGCAUUGUUUGAUGAAGUGGUUAAAAUUGUUUGAAAUGCAGAAAUGUUUUGGGUAGUAUUUUAUACUGAUGUAUAUAUUGAAACAGAAAUCAUUGUAAUAAUUGUAAUAGCUGUUAGUUUUAAAUACACUAUAUGCAGACAGAUGGGGCUGUACAGAGCUGUACUGUUAACACCCGGGUAGGGCUACUGCUUGGGAACAGGUUGCAGUGUCAGUGAACCAUAUGGAUCAAAUAUUGUACCAUUCAGUGUUGGCGUUCACCAAUGCAAAAGGAGAAGAGACAAUUUCAACAAGAUUAACACUACAUGGUAAAUUAGUACUACAGUGACCUUUUCACUUACAAGCAUGUUUUUUAUACAAAUUAGCAGGUGUGCUUGUAUAAAAUAAUUUGUGUUCUGUAUCAUGGAAAAAGUACUCUCCACAUUUAGAAUCACAGAAUCAUGUUGUAUGUUAGAGAAUUAUGUCCAAAAUUAUAUAUAUUACUUAACAAUGUUAUUUUUAGAUAUGAGCAUGACUGUAAGCUAGGUACUUAAGUACAUUCUGUUACAUUAUUUUUCUUUAUGUAAUACUUUUUCAGUUGUUUUAUUUGGUAUAAAUAUAUACUUUGUGCUUAAACAUCUUUGUUCAUUUUUAACAUUCAAUAGUAUGUAAAGAUAUGAUUUCCUUCAGUAAGAUAGAUGCAUUGAAUUGUUGGAAUGCCUAUUGUAGUGCGUCUGUUCUUGUCCCCCUUGUCAUUGCUUUUGUAGUUGUAAACUCCAGUUCUGCAAAUAUGGUGUGCAAGCUCACCUGAGAGGCAAAUGAGUUCCACUGGCUUCAGUAAAGGCUUAACAUUAAAUUGUACAUGUCUGUGUGCUUGCAGGAAUGAAGAGACAGUGACUCUGGUGAGCAUCAUGCAGCUUGUGUAAAACAAUACUUUAAUUGCAAAUGGCACUAUAGUGAGACCUGGUAACAGAACAUCUGGGUAUCUAUUAGAAGAAAGCAUCCACUUUUUGCAGAUAAUGCUUGCCAUGUUCGGAUGGCAGAUACAUUUUUGGCUAACUCUUAAGUUUAUGCAUUAAUUUGUGGCAGACUAUCAAUAAAGACACACUAUUUUCAUUUCCAAGUUCUGACUUAUGAAUUGUGAAAUAUGUAAUGACAUACCUUGAAAGUGCCUGAAGAUUUUAGUUUAAAAUGUCUUGACAGGUUUCAUUAAUUUUGACCUUCUGUAUAACAGUCUGAAAGAUGGGGUUUUUUUUAAUGUAGUGCAAUUUGGAAAGGCCAAAGUCAUACACUGUUUGCAUUUUAGCAGUUCCAGAGUUGUUACUGUUCACUACCAAAUGCCCCAACCCUGUGGAAUUCAGCAAAUUUGUGUGUUUUCUUGGUUAAGGGUACAGCCCUUGAUGGAUUUAUCAGUUUGUCUUGUACUUCUGAGUUCAUAGCCAGCUUUAGUCACCCACAUCCUUUAAAUUUAAAUGUAACAUCACACCUUCCACCUGGGAGUAGGCAGCCAGUGCCAGGGAAUGAUAAGGUACCAGUUUUGUUUGCUGAUAUCGCUCUCAUUUAUAAGGUGGUGACAUAUUGCAGUAGUUGAAGUAUGAGUGACCUUCUGAGGCAGCCCUAAAUAGACUGUAUUACUGCAAAACAGGAUAUUUGGUCCAGGUAUUACAGGCUCCCUUUGCAAUUCUCUUUGAAAUAUUUUCAAAUAAUUUCAAUAAUUUCAAAAAGUAUUCAUUUCAGUAAGCCAGAAAUAAUAUACUUCCAAGGAAGCAAGUGCCAGUUAUCAGCCAAAGAAAGCAUUUUUCAUAUUGGAUCAUCAACAGAAUAAUUAUUUGAGAUCAGGCUAUGAUCUGUAUAGCACCUCCUGUUUUGGAGGUUCAUUCAGAGAUAAACUAGGGCCACUGGUUUUAUUUAUACUAUCAGUAUCUGGAGUUUAUAUGUUCCUCCUGAAGAGUAAAGUGUGCUUCUUGACCUUUGUUGUCACCACUUCUUAAUGCUAACGGGUUAUCUGCACCCUCUAAACUUAGGUGUCAUCAAUAUAGGAAGAUGUCAGUACAGGAUGAGAGAUCUUGGUUGACAUGAAAGGGUGAAUCCAACUCUUAACUGGAGAACCAAGUUGUCUUUAGAACAGAGGGUAGAGCUUUUUACCAACUACCAUGUCCAGUACUGAAUGCCUUUUAAAUAAGACAGCCAAUGUGUUCCUCUCUAGGCACCAAGGGAGCAUGUUGAGUGAGAAACAUAUAAAUACUGGCACAUCUGACAAAGCUGCCUAACAGAUUUUGUGGAAAACUCAUGGUUUUUACUUUUCUGGACAUACUCCUCUGUCUGUAAUGCAGAGGCUGUAAUAGUGAAUGCUGUAGAUCUAGGCUGUCACACACUGGUUUUAUUUUCUCUAUGUGGGAAUGCAGUUGGUCACUCAUGAUAGAAUUUUCUAUAUUAAAUAGGCUUGGCUUAGAAUAUGGGAGGCAAAGUAGUUGUAUGGAAUUUUCCUGUCUAUUAGCAAGUGUGACUGUGGGGGAGGAGGUUGUUUUGUUUUGGUUUGUUUUUUAAGGGGAAGGGUCGGGAGCAGCCCUGCAGCAACAAUGCCCUGCAACAGCAAACUAGAGCUCCAUAUAAAUGCUACAUUCAAUCUCACCUGAAAUGCUCUUUCUCCUCCCCUCAUAUAUGUCCAUUCUGAGCUGCUCUAGUGUGUUUUAAAUUAUUUGUUGUAUUUACCAUCUGUGAGUUUUGCUUUCCUAACACCUAAUGACUGGACUGUAAUACUAAGUGCUGUUUGUCCCCAGAGAGCAGAGUUUCUCCAUUCUGAAAUCCAGCUGCCAUCGUGUUUCAAGUCUGUAAUAUAACAUAGAAUUACAGUCUGACUCCAAACUUGAUGCUGCCCAACUUCUGGUACAGGGUGGUUAUGGGCAAGCAUGAUUUUUUUUGAACUGUGGUGGAUUCCUGUUCUUGUUUGAGACUGGAGAAGUUUGGCUGUGUCAUUGCUUUGAUUUCUGCAGCCAGCUGUCCUAGCAGGAGCAGGGACAACAGUCCUCCUGUUGGAGAACUUCUACCCAGCACUUAACCUGGUGUUAGCCAUGAUGGGUUUUUUGAAGCUGAGAGAGUAAUUCAGUCUUUCUCUCAUAGUUUCAUUGCAAUACAAUUGUCUCAGCUCUCCUGACUGGACAAGGGGCCAUUUUUAGGCUUUGCCCAUUGAUGUAACCCUUUCAUACUCAUCAUCUGCUGUUGAAGUGUGACCCAGAGGCCUCUGAGAGGUUCAGCUGCAAUCCUGGACUGUCAAAGUUUACAGUCAAAACAAGGUAACUGGUUGUAUUUGUGUAUGACAAAAUCCCAAACCCACAGUGCUAAGAAAUGGUGUGACUUAGGUGGUGAUACCUCACAGCAAAUGGCAACAGCUGGGAGGUACCAUCUGGUUCAGCCAGUGAGGUUCAGCCUGAAAGUGGUUAUCAAUGCCUGCAUAGUCCAGGAAAUUGCUGGCAAAAGCAAAGCCUGUGGGGCAGCCUGACUCUUGCCAUGCAGGUUAGGUUCAAACUAGUUGGGGAGAUCGUCAGUGCUACAGAAGGUGGCAACUGCUGGGCUGAUUAAAGCCCCCCAUCAAUGCAGCCUGUACCUGCUACCCCCUUCAUCCCUGCCUGCAGGAGCUCUAAAGCACUGGGGUUUAGAUUUGUGUUUGACAGUGUGUAAAACUGCGACUUCCUUUAUUUUUCAAAUGUUUGUAUUUCACUUAAAACAUGACUUUCCUUUUAAAGGUCCUUGUUCCUGCGAACAGCCUUUCAGGAUCUGGUAAUCUUUCUGUAUAGAUUUUUUUAAUUAAUAUGAAUGUUAUAAGCACCAAUAAAUCACUGAGAAAUAGAAAUUUAUCUUUGCAGCUCAGUGGCAAGAAAGCUAGAAAAUCUGUCACCCAAACAGUAGUAUCUGCAUCCAAGUUCCUCUCAUCCAUAUACUAGCCAUGGUUUGGAAAACAAGCUGGUUUUACAUGAAGAUCCAUCACUUCCCUAAGGCUCAGGUUCCUCACAACUGCCAUCUCUGCUGGGGACCCUUGCUAUUGCAAUAUGUGGAUUUAAUCAUCACCUUGAAAAGAAAGUAAUGGAGCCUGGUGAGGUUCAUGAAAAUAGGAAGGAAGCAGACAUGUACUGCUGCAGCAUGAGGACUGCGUUUCUUAGCUCCUUUUGGAAAUGUCUCACUUUGAAGACAUCUGGUGGUCUUGGCACUUCACAUUUGCUUGCAUUUUAUUUUCAGUGUCACUAACAUCUAACAUGACCACAUUAUUGAAGUGAUUGCACUGGUGACAUCUGAAACAGGAUAAAGAUAUUUUUUGAAAUGUAGUCAGGUAUACUCUACCUGGAUACACAUUGCCCUGGAUAAAGACAGUUCCUGCCUUGUAAUGGCAUAUCUGACUUCCUGCUGAGCCUUUGAAUAAGGCAUUUUAACAUUUCCCAGGAAAGUUGUGUGCAUGGUUUUACUUGUGUCCUGGGAGCACUGAAAUGUUAAUGUUUGCAAAAUGCUUUGAGGGUUAAGCAUUAAGUGCUUCCUCUUAAUUCAUUCUCAAGCUGUGCUAUUCUGGGGCUUCUACUCAGUGACAUCACCACAUAUGAAUAUAAUCUUUGCAAUAAGGUAUGCAUCUGAUUCUGCAAGUUUAAACACACAAAUGCAUUACAGGAAGGUCAUAUAUUCAUGCAUACCAAGCGAUGGUUUUCACUGGCAUGUGAACACUCAGUAGGAAGGGUGAACUAACUCCAGUUAGCCCUCCUGUGCUGCACACCAGUUAGCUCCAGUUCCCUUCUGUUUGGUAGAAAAUAGUGCAGAGUUAGCACUGACACAUUAAUGUGCACCAGUUCUUCCUUCCCUGAAAACUUCUGUGCCUAAGUUUUUAAUAAUUAAGGUUUUAGUUAUUUUUUAGAUUGAGCUUUCUUGUUGAGCUGCUUCUGGGAAGCCAGAGUGACCCUUUAGUGGAAGUACAUUAAAUGAUCAUGGAUGUGAGGGGGGAAGUCUUGCAUCAUUAUACGUAUAUACAGGCACAGAGUAUUGUUGCAUGCAUUUGUGUGUGUGUCUAUAUAUAGAUAUUCUAUAUAUAAGCACUAAUUUCCUGCCUAAACACAACUCAGUUUCUCACGCGCAUUAUAUUUGUUCUAGGCUUCACAAGGAAAAAAAAAAGGUAAAAGUGUCAUCCCAGUUACAAAGUCUGCAUGGUUGUUGCUUAUUUUUAAAUAUUUAGGGUUUUAGAUGUGACAUAGAAUAAUUUCAAUCAGAAAACCAGAAUGAAUAAUGAGAGAAUAUGAACACACGUGUUACUCCAUUGUGCUGCCUCUCAAGAACCAGUCUGGAGUAGUCAGCUUUUGGGGAUUUGAAGGUACCUUGCACACAACCCCAAACCAAAGAGCUGGGGUAAGAGUAGUAGGGUUGCCAAUCUCUGCUCCCUGUGAGAGAGCAUGUUUUGCUUUUAAGCUGGGACAGAAGGGAGGUUGGCUGCAGGUCAGAUUUGUCUGCACUGAUGUCUACUUUCACGUUUAAUGCAUAGUCCAUGCUUUGCACCUUAGUGUGUGUGCAUUCUGUCACUGCACAGUCACAAAGAGAGGUGUGUGUGUGGCUAUUGAGACACAAACUGGUACCUUAUAGAGCAAAGAGUUUCCUCAUAGCAAGAAUUAACCCCUGUUGGGUGCCUAGUACAAUGGAGUGCCAUGUUCCACUGAUACACAGCGCAUACUGUGCUACUUACUCGAGCUGUUCUCUUUAAAUAGAGAUUAAGAUUUUAUUAUUACUUCCCUAUCCCUUAGAUCCCAUGGCAGUUGCUGGGGUUUGUUUUGCUUUUAAAGAUUUAAGAUGCCUCCAUGGGUGGGCCUAGACUGUUUUAAAAUGUAUUAACAUGAAUUUACUCUGCAAUUGAGUGUAGCUACUUCUGUUCUCUGACUUUGUUGCUAGGUAUGUCUUUGUUAGAGCAGCAGCACUGGAAUAUAAAAUGCCUAGUAGUUGUCCAGGAAUUUGAAGCGGACUCAGGAUGCUUUUGAAGCCAGAAGUCUGGUAAGUAUGGGAUUAGGAAAGGCAGGUCUUGCUUGAUCAACCUGAUCUCCUUUUAUGACCAGAUAACCUGACCUGUCUGUGGAUGAGGGAAAGGCUAUGGAUAUUGUGUGCCUCUACUUCAGUAAAGCCUUUGAACCAUUUCCCACAGCAUUCUCCUGGAGAAGCUGGCUGCUCAUGGCUCAGACAGGUGCACUGCUUGUUGGGUGCUGAAGAAGUGGCUGGAUGACCAAGCCCAGAGGGGGCUGGUGACUGGAGUUACAUCCAGCUGGGGGCCAGUCACAAGUGGGAUUCCCCUGGGCUCAGUACUGGGGUCAGACCCGUUUAAUAUCUUUAUCAAUGACCUGGAUGAGGUAUGGAGAGCCCCCUCAGCACCCAGGGAAGCAGUGGAGGCACCAUCCAUGGAGCUGUACCAGAAAUGGCUGGACAUGGCACUCAGUGCCAUGUCUAGCUGACAAAGGGGUGCUCACUCAAAGGCUGGACUUUGAGGUCUUUUCCAGCCAUAAGGAUUCUAUGAUUAUGUGACCCUAAAUCUUGAAUCAUCCCUUUGGACUCCAUGCUGUGCUUGUACUGGACCUAGCCUGCUACUGAAACAGGAGAUUUUUAUAUCCCAUAAUAGUCAAACAGUACUCUUGACUGCUUCUAGAACUGACUCCAGUGGCUAGUAUCUUAGGAUUUUCUUUUGUUUUUCUUUUUUUUUUUCCUCAUUGUGUCAUCUGUAGAAAUGGAUUAUAUCCUUUCUAUGUUAUCCAAAUACUCCAAUCUCAGAUGAGAUGUUUACAUUUUGUGCAUUUAUAUGAACUAAUACUUUGCAUAUAUUUGUGAACUGUAUUUAGAAAUACACAAAAUUUGGAGGGGCUUUGAGUGUGCCAGAAGAUGAGAUCAGUCAAUGAAGUGUUUUGAGAAAAAAAUGGAGACAAACCAAUUGAGACAGAUAUGCACGUGCGUACUCAGUAGUCAGCUACAGGAAUCUUCAAUUAGGACCUAUUAGCUCAAUAGAUAAAAUUGCUUUUGUGGCUCAGGAGUUCAACACAAAAUUGACUUCUCUGUUAUUUAACUGACAAAUAAAUAUAUAUGCUCUCAUGGGAUGCACACAUGCAAAUAGAACAGGCACAAGGGAAUCCUGCACUGGUUCGUAUCAGCAGUUGGAGUGCUGGUCAGACUUUUGGGUACAACACUUGAUGAAAGACAGACACUGAACAUGGUCCAGAGGUAAGCACUGACCAUGAGGAAAAUGUGAGAGAGGAAGAUUAAAGUAGCUGGGCUGUUUUUCUACAGAAAAGCUGACUAAAUGGGCAAAGAUGAACUUCAAGUAAAAGGCAAGUGCUACUAUGAAUCUAUUAUCCACAGUGUAAAGGGUGAGAAUUUACAUUGGAGUAAAUUAAACUUUAGGUUAGGAAAACCUUCUUUUACUCUUCUGGUGUCUGAGGAUGCUGUAGUAGCUCUAUUGUGGCAGCAUUCAAAGGACAAGUUUGAUGAGCAUCUCUCAGAAACGGGAUGGUGCUGACCUGGACUUGGGGUGGCUGAAAGAUGGAGCUGACUCUGAGGUCCACUCCUAAGCACCAAGUCAAAGAACUGGGGCCACUGCUGGAGCUCAAGGACUAGGUUAGAAAAUGCAGGUUCCUAGACUUUCAAAUCACUGGACCCUUUCCCUACAUCAGCUAGUAACCCCUGUCACUCCUGCAAUCAUACUGAGAGUGUAAAAUGCAAAAAAAAAAAUUAAAUAAAAACUUAUUUGCUAAAUAAGUUGCUAAAACUUUCCAUUUGUCCAGCUUUGAUUAUUUCUCUGCUUAAGGUGUUGUUUGGUACCUUCUCUUUUCUUCUAUUGAAAAUAUUUGCAUGCUUUAAAUAAGGUCAA